CUGCACGUCAGAAGAGUACUUCCGCUGGCCCCAAGCCUGGCCCUGACCGGACUCAUGGAGGGCACGCAUGCUCUGGGGGAUGAACUCGGGGGCGUCGCCGCGGAGUUUAGACUUGCGCUCAGAGGAGACGAUCAAGGGUCCCUUCUUGACGGGUUUGUCGGCCUUGAUGGGCGCUGGGACAGGGGAGGCCGUGUCGCAUCCAGGAGGCUGGUAGCGCUGCAGACGUUAAUACAUCGCUGAAGACAGAUUAAAAGAAAAGCAAAGAACUAUUAUCCUACCUGCUGGGCUCCAGCGUAACGGAACUGCUCCA